AUGAAGGGUCUGUUCUUCGCUCUCGUGGUAGUUACCUACGUCGCCUCUCUGCCGGGCACUGCGGCCAAGAGCUUAUCAUUAAACGAUGGAUCCGUUAUGAUUGAAAUGGAGACAGACCUGCUGCCGGCGGAGAAGAGAAAAAUGGACAUAAUUGCGCUGGCGUCAAAACUUGGCUGCAACGAAUUCGUGAAUCAUUUGCCAUUGUUUCCCGACUUAGACAAGCUUUUGAGAUCUGAAGGGCCUUUUACCGUGGUGGUUCCGACCGACGAAGCUUUCGAGACUUUCUACCGUGACCGCCGAGAAUACGUGAAACACGCCUUCCCGAAAAUCUUCAGCGGUCACGUUGUGCGUGGUCGAGUUUACUCGUCCCAAAUUAACAACGAACUUCUCGUCCCAACUGCCCUGGUCUGGGCUGGCAAGCCGGUAAAUUUGAGGUUCAACAGAUAUUUGGAUGGCAAGGUAACGACUGCUACCGGAAGUAUCCUGACAUUACCGGACCAGAAUGCAACAAAUGGCGUCAUCCACGUGACCGACAGGGUCAUCUACCCCCAGGCGUUGUACGGUUUUCUGACACAGAUGGCUGAGAUCAGUAACUCGACCGGGUUGUUUCUCGCUGCUAUUGAAUUGACAGGGCUCGCUGAUGUCCUAACAGGUGAGAGCCCAUUCACAUUAUUCGCACCAUCAAACAAAGCGAUCCGAGAAAUGGAAAAUCCAACUUUCGACGAACUGAUGUCAGACAGAAAACAACUGACAGAUGUGCUACUUUACCAUCUGGUAUCGGGCACUAUAUUUGAAGCUGGACUCCGGGAUGGGGAUGUUCUUACUACGAUGGGCGGGAAACAAGUUCGAAUUGAAGGGUCUGAAAAUGACAACAAAGACGACGUCCGAGUCAACUUUGUGGAGAUAAGGGUCCCAGACGUUGCCGUUACAAACGGCGUUUUCCAUAUAAUGGCCGGCGUGCUGAUGCCACCGGAAGUCCGCAAUGCGUACUGGAAGAAGAACAACGUUGACGUCGUAUCCGAUUUUGACAAGACACUUCCUUGGCAAUUUUAG